UCUUCUUUUUCUAUUGUACUUUUGAUUCAGUCCUCUCAUUUAGUUCAGAGAGAUGUACAUUAACUGGGGAAAUAUGAAAAUGAUGGUUGAUUAUGAGCUAUAUACUUCCAUAAUUGGAACACUAAUUGCAAGUGAACUAUGAUCUAAUUUACUACCCCCACCAAAAUGUAAUAAGAAUCCACUGCUCUCUCUCUCUCUCUCUCUCUCUCUCUCUCUCUCUCUCUCACAAACACAACUGUGGCAAAAUAAUCUAUUAUUUUACAAUAUCCCAAACAGUAGCCAAUCUACAUUGGGAUGUAAUUUUCACUUACAUACUGCUAUAUAAAGCUAAACUUCGCUGCCGUACAAUCCGCAAUGCCCUCUCUUUCACUCUCUCACUCUCACAGUCUAGUUGUCAUGAACAUCGAUGAAGCCGACAGAGAGAAAGUUUCUCAUCAAGCAAUGCUUUCGUAGAUGCAGGAAAGCCGGCGCUAGUGUCCUAAAGAGUGCAAUCUGGGGUCACACUAGCAAUAGAUACAUGUGGUUCUGCUUUGAUGAGGAGGACUACAUCCCAAAAGAUGUCCCAAAAGGCCAUUUGGUGGUGUAUGUUGGUGAAGAUUGCAAAAGAUAUGUCAUCAAGGUUGCCUUGCUCAGCCACCCUUUGUUCAGGGCAUUGCUUGAUCAUGCUGAGGAAGUGUUCCAGUUUUCCACCAACUCAAAGCUCUGCAUUCCUUGCAACGAAUGCAUUUUCCUCAGCGUUCUUUGCUGCAUCGGCGCUGAACUUGAUCAGGGGCUUCAUUAUCAUUGAGGUGCCAUGUAUUCAAGUGCCCAAAUAUCUACACAUGAUUUUUAGUUCGAUGAUCAAAUUAUAUGGAGGGUCAAUCAGGCUAUAGCUAUAUUCUAAAUAAUAAAUAAAACUCAAGCUUCCUUCUGUGACACAA